UUUUCAUGCAUUCACGGGGUUUCAAGGGUCGGUGUACCAAGUUUAGAAUCAUAAAAUCUCUCGAAGCGACAUGAGCAGUGUAAAUGAUAAAUAAAAGGCUUGUGUGUUUUUUCGAAUUUAGUCAACCUUGUGUCAUCGUUUGGAGUGGACAGUGCGCCAUUGACUUCUCGCGAUAAAAAUAUAAAACAAGCAAUGUGUUUAUCGUUGUUCGUAACUUGUUUAGAAAAACGGCUUAUGUUUUAAAAUCGGAAUGUGAUAGAAGAAAAGACAUUAUAUCCGUUAUGGCCGAUUUAGAUUCACGUGAAAGAACGAAGUGUAGUGGUUCCAGGAACGGACCGCAGUUUAGAUCAUGGAUUUGGUGUAUACUAAUAAAGUGUUUGAUAAGUUUUCCUUGCAUAUUUUCAAAAUGUCUAGGUGUAGAUAUAACAGUGGCAUUGUACCCUCAAGGUGACAUAACAGUUCCUUAUGGUGAUCCUUUAGAAAUAUUUUGUAUUGCCGAAAACUUUUCGUCUAACGACAUAGAGUUUUCACUCGCUGGCAAACAUAUCGAGUCUGAGAUUGUAAACAGUACCACCAGAAGAUUGUACAUCAAGAAACCUGAAAAGCAAGUUAACUCUUACUACUGUAGAAAUAAUAAGACUGGAAAGAAAUGUGUUUCCCGUGUGUUAGUCGAAAGUAUUCCAGCAUAUGUGAAGGACUUUAACUGCCUGUCAAAGAAUCUCGAUAUACUAAAUUGUUCUUGGACGAGUCCGGAAUCAUAUAGCAAUAUUAACUAUUCCGUAACCUUCUCUAUCAAUGGUAAUUUAGUGAAAUCACCAUGUAUUGCAGAAAAAGUUGAAAAUUCAUUUACAAGAUACUGUGUGUGGAAUACAAGCAGCCAGCCUAGGUACAGGCAGCAAGAGGAGACGCAGUUCUUCCACCUAAUAGCUUGUAACGUGUUUGGAUGUAUUAAACAAAACUUCAGUAUAGAUCACUAUUCAAUUGUCAAACCAGAUCCACCGAGUGACUUGAGAGUAGUGAAGAAUGGUAGCCACAGUGUUGUCUUAAAGUGGAGUGUUCCUAACAACAUAGUGGACCUGUUAACAUGUGGUGUUGAUCAUAUAAUAGAAUAUCAAAUCGCUAAAAUUGAUAAUACAACAUAUUUCCACACAGUAGAUGCAUCGUCUCUUCCUCCAAAAAAUAAAACAUAUAGGUUUCAGUUAACUAAUUUACCAUAUGCCCACAUGCAGUACGAAGUAAGGGUAUACAUUAAAUCAAAAAAAGCAGUUAAAAGAGAGUUUUGGUCAGAUUUUUCAUAUGCAGUUUUCUAUACAGCUAGUGAGAGACCAAAGAGACCUCCUGAUAUGAUUGCAGGUGCUUUUAAUCAAGCCACUUACUAUAACAGUAGAAUCAUAUAUGUGUAUUGGAAACAACUUGAGGAGUAUGAAGAGGCAGGCGCUAACUUCACAUAUAAAGUACUUGUGUCUCAAGGUAACAAGACUGAAACUGUGUUUCCUGACAAGAAUAAGAGCCUGAGCUAUGUAAGUCUAAAUGCUACUCUAGACGCACUGGACGUGUCCGUGUGGUCUUUUAAUAUAAACGGUUCUUCUGAGAACAGUAGCCACCUGUAUAUUCCACCAGAAAGAGACACCCGAUCUCUGAAACCUUCAUCAUUUACCAAGUUAGCAUAUGAAAAUGGUACCUAUGAGCUUUCAUGGGUGGGAAUUAAAAAUAUAGAUAAUUACACACUAUUUUGGUGUCAACAUAACACUACAAAAAUAUGUGCUGGCCGGUUGGAUUUUGCUGUGCUGGAUCCUAAGAAAAAUAAUCAUAUUAUUGAUUUACCAAAAGAAUACAGAUAUCAGUUUGCAAUAUCAGCGAAUAAUGGUACGAAAACUGGGGGAAUGGUUUGGGCUAACUGUGAUAUAUCAAAAGAUGGAUUUGCUAUGUAUGGCUUUCCUGUACAUUUAGAUUAUGACAUUCCUGGUAAAACAUAUGUAACAUUGAGAUGGGUGAUGGACUGUGCCCUUCAAGAUGGGAUUAUAACAGGAUACAAUAUAAGUUAUUGUCCAAUUGUCCAAACGAGCACGGACUGUGAUGGAAAAGUAAAAUAUGUUUUUAUUCCUAAUCCUAAACAAAUGGACAUUACAAUAAAUAAUUUACUGCCUUAUAAAACCUAUCAGUUUACAUUUUACCUUAAAACUAUCUAUGGCCAAAAGAAAAUUGAAAAUGCUACUGCAAGUAUAACAACUUCAGAAGAUAGACCUACGAGUCCAGUAAAUGUUCACAUACCAGAAAUUCAGAAUGAUUCAUUGACUGUUUCCUGGGAUCCUCCUAUACAAAGGAAUGGUAACAUUGGUAAAUAUAUCAUUUCCAACUAUGGUAAAGAAAUUUAUGUUGAUAUAGUUUCUGAAACUGCAAACAUCUCUAGACGGCAAGUCACAAUACCUGAUUUACAAGGAUUCACUAAUUAUUCUUUGACCGUACAGGCUUGUAAUAUUCCCUUAGGCUUGUGUUCUAUAGUUGGAUAUAAUGAUACAAUAUUUGUACGAACAAGAAUAGGUUCUCCUAGCAGACUGAAAGCCCCUACUGUGAAAAACAGUCCUGAUAUGUUAAAAUGGGAACCACCUACAAUACCAGGUGGAACUGUAGAUCUGUACCAGAUAAGAAGAGUAAGGGAUGAUAUGGAACCUGAAAUUAUGAAUACAACAGAUUUACAAUAUUCUCUUACUCAUUGUGAAGGUGUUGUUUCAACGGAAAUUUACCAAGUAAGAGCUGUUAAUUUUGACUUUGAUUUGUAUCAUGGAGUCCUAGGUACCGAAAAUGUGACAUUACCCAAAAGAAUUUCGAAUGAAUCUCACAUUGAGUAUCCAGGUCCCUGGAGUGAACCUAGUACUGUUGCUUGUAGGAGCAGAGAUGGACUGACAAUGAUCAUAAUAUUUUUGUCUAUAUUCUCUAUUAUUGGAUGUAUUUACGGUUCAACAAAACUUUACAAAAAAUAUAGAAAAAUGGAAGAUAUUAAGCCAGUCCUGCCAAAUGGUUUGGGUAUUCCUGAAAAAGAUAUUUCGAAGUACACAUUUGGUGGUUGGAGUCCAACAAACAAAGAGGAGAAACCUUCGUCUGAUGAAAUGCUCUUGUUACCUAACACUCAAACAACAGUUUCAUCACCAGACAUGAAACAAAAAGAUGAGAAUUCUAGUGAUCAAACUGAUUGUACCAUCAUAUCUGACUCGUCACAAGGACCUAUUGAUCAACAAGUGUCAACAUUAGAUGACGUUUCAGAUUCUUCUCUUCACAUUGAACCAGAAUCUAAAACAAAUGAUGUUGAUAAUAAUGAGAUUCAAGAAGAAAACACUGCCUCGAAAGAUAUAGAAACUUCGCAAAAUUCUCCUUACUUUAACAAUGAAUCUUUUAGGAGAAAUCCGACAACUGGCUAUGUCCAAUCUGUAGUAAAUCCUGCAACUGGAUACUUGCAGUCAGAACCAGCAUCAGUACCAGCACCAUCAUCAAUAAGUACACCUUUGUGUUGUUCACCUCAACCUGCCAGUACAAGUUACGUUAUGGCCGGUCUGCCGCCAACGAUAUUUACUAAUGCGACAUCGCAAGUUACAAAUCCACCAGCUCCAUCUUCGGGAUACGUUCUGGCUGAAGAUCCGAAUCAUAGAUCUAUAACGAAUUUCUCUAAAUUAGGAACUCUACCUCCCAAGUCCAUUGGUCCAGAAAGCUUGCCUACGAUGCCUACCUUGCCUACGCCAGCAAAGCAUUCCACAGACAGUAGCUAUAUUCAGCUUCAAGCAUUAAAUUCCUUACCUAGUCUUAAGGCCACCGUACGAAACCCUGUGCCAUUGAAGCCAUCAAGCUCGAAUGGCUACGUCAGUCCGGAAGACUGCGUCCUUAAUAAACAUCUAAAUAAUAUGCUAUCAGCUGGUCAACUUGCCGAGGAGCCUGCUAUAUUAGACCCGACAAUGUCUCCCGAGGCUUAUUGUCGGUUUUCCUGGAGCACUGACCCCGCGAAUGAUAAUUUACACACGUUACUCGCCGAUACGCCCACGCGAACGUCCAAGAAUUGAGUCAAUCAUAGUAUAUAAGUUGACACAGAACUGAUUAAUGAAGAUAGACUAGCUGUGACUGAAUUGUAAAUAGGAAUUAGUUUUACUGUGUAUAAUAAUAAUAAUUUAACGGACAUUAAUAUAUCAUCCCCGAUA